AUGUCGGAGGCUGGCGGUGGGCGGGGUUUCCGAGCCCCUCCUGCCCCUGAGCCGCCGCCCUUCUCCCAGACCACGCCCAGCUGGCUCUUGUGGCUGCUGAUGGACUUGGAGCUGAGGGCCAGAGGGAGGCGGAGCAAUGAUUCUGGGCGUCGGGGCUCGAGGGUGGAGCUGCGCAGGUCUUCCAUCUUCAGCACCUUGGACCUGGUCCCACAUCUGGAACAUUACGCCAGCACAGUGCCGCGCCUGCCGAUGAGGGGCCGGCCCUCUCUGGUGGCCCUCCGCAAUUCCAUCUAUGGACUGGAGGCCGGAGACGCGCCGGUCUCCCACAAUGCAGACGGUCCUCAAGGGAGCGCUCCUGGUAGAUUUGGUUGGAUGACUGGAGUCAUGUUCCGCUGCAUGCUGAACAUGUGGGGCGUCAUCCUGCUGCUCCGCCUGUCGUGGAUCACGUCUCAGGCCGGCAUCUUAUUGACCUGGCUUAUUAUCCUGAUGUCCAUGACGGUGACCUCACUAACUGCUCUCUCCAUCUCCGCCAUCGCCACCAACGGCAGGGUGACCUCAGGCGGUCUCUAUGUCAUGAUCUCCCGCUCUCUGGGUCCUGAAAUUGGCGGACCGGUGGGGAUGCUCUUUUCCUUCGCUAACACUCUAGCGUGUGCGCUCAGCACCGUUGGCUUUGCGGAGGUGGUCGGGGAUCUAAUGCAGGAGUUCGGUGCUGUCGUGGUUGAUUCAGUCAAUGACGUCCGCAUUGUGGGCGUCGUCACAGUGACGCUGCUCCUGCUGAUUUCGUUGGCUGGAAUAAAGUGGAAGUCCAAGACCCACAUUCUGUUCUUUAUAUUUGUUUAUACCGUUUCUUUCUCCAACUACUUCGUGGGAACAUUUAUUCCUCCCGGUCCAGAGAAACAGGCCAAGGGCAUCUUUGGUUACCGCGGCGACAUCUUCAUUUCAAACUUGAAACCAGCGUGGCGAGGAGCUGACGGCACCUUCCUCCAGAUGUUCGCCCUUUUCUUUCCCUCCACCAUUGGUGUCCUGUCUGGAGUCAACAUCUGCGGAGAGCUCAAAGACCCUGCCACUGCUGUUCCUAAAGGCACCAUCGUCGGCAUCUUCUGGACUACAAUCAGCUAUUUAGCUAUUUCUGCAACUGUUGGUUCGUGUGUCGUACGGGACGCUUCAGGAAAUAUCGCUCACGCUCUGACUGGAAACAUCACCGACAGCUGCGUGGGUCUGGGAUGUAACCUGGGCUGGAACUUCACCGACUGCAUCGAGUCGCAGUCAUGUGAUUACGGUCUGGCCAACAAUUUAAAGGUACCAGGCCAAGUGGCGGGUUUCUACUUCCUCAACACUGCCGGCGUGUUUGUCGCCACGUUGUCGUCCGCGCUCGGCUUCCUCGUCUCCGCUCCUAAAAUCUUUCAGUGUCUGUGCAGAGACAACUUAUACCCAUACAUUGGAUUCUUUGCAAAGGGUUAUGGGAAAAAGGAUGAGCCACUCCGGGCCUACAUCCUCUGCUACGUCAUCGCCGUGGCCUUCGUCCUCAUCGCUGAGCUGAACGCCCUCGCGGCCUUGAUCACCAACUUCUUCCUGUGUUGCUACUGCCUCAUCAACUUCAGCUGCUUCCACGCUUCCAUCACCAACUCCCCCGGUUGGAGGCCAUCAUUUCAGUACUACAGUAAAUGGACGGCUUUGUUUGGGGCUGUGAUCUCCGCAGUUCUGAUGUUCCUGUUUACCUGGUGGGCUGCGCUCAUCACCUGCUGUGUUAUGUUCUUCCUGUUCGGAUACGUCAACUACAACAAGCCUGAGGUGAACUGGGGGUCAUCGGUCCAGGCGGGGAUAUACAACAUGGCUCUGUCGUACUCUGUCUCUCUGUCAGGUGUGGAGGAUCAUGUCAAGAACUUCAGGCCGCAGUGUCUCGUCUUGACCGGGCCCCCGAACCAGCGCCCCGCACUGGUGGACUUUGUCGGCACCUUCACCAAGAACAUAAGCCUCAUGAUCUGCGGAGACAUAAUCAUGGAGCAGGAGAGACAAACCCGUCCCCAGAACGCCACCGAGUGGUUGGUCAAGUGGAUGAACAAGAGGAAGGUGCGCUCGUUUUACACACCUUUCAGUGCAGACUGCCUCAGAGCUGGAGCUCGACACUUGCUGCAGGCGUCUGGUCUUGGAAAGCUGAAGCCCAACACUCUGGUCCUGGGCUUCCAAACUAACUGGAGGGACAGUUCUCCUGAGAGAACCGAAGAUUAUGUCAACACCAUAACUGACACAUUCGACUCCAACUACUGUUUGUGCAUCUUGAGGAUGAUGGACGGGCUGGAUAUCUUUGACCAGUUUGAUGUUGGAGUGAACCAGGGAUUUGAACCUGAUGAAAGUGUGGAAAGUAAAGACCAACAGUCUCCUGGUAGAGAAUCAGUCGAAGACAUCUCCCCUAAAGGUGACGGAGACCAGAUGAAGACGGUGUUUCAGAGCGACCAGGGGAACAAGACCAUCGACGUCUACUGGGUGGCCGAUGACGGAGGUCAGUGUUUAUUCGUCAUGUGUCGACUCUAUGAAUACCACUUUAUAGAGGAUAAAUUUAACUGGACGGCAGCUCGGAACUACUGUAGAAGUCAUUAUACAGACCUCGCCACAGCCCCGGAGUGGAGUUCAGUGGGAGCGAGACAACGGUUGAACAUGAGGACGAUAUGGUCAAGAAUUGUGUGUUCAUUGAAAAAAGUGGAAAGAAGAAAAGUGAUAAAUGUAAUGAAAAGAAGAAAUUCAUCUGCUGGAAAGGUGAGAAUUCUUUUUUUGUAG